AUGGACAAAAUUCAAAUCCGCACGAUUUUCUUGUUCCAGUUCAAACUAGGCCGAAAAGCUGCCGAGACAGCUCGCCUUCCUUCCUUUCUUCUUUCUUUCUUUUUUCUUUCUUUCUUUCUUUCUUUUUUCUUUUCUUUCUUUCUUCUUUUCUUCUUUCUGCCUUCCUUCCUUGCUUCUUUCUUUCUUUCUUUCUUUCUUUCUUUCUUUCUUUCUUUCUUUCUUUCUUUCUUUCUUUCUGUUAGUCCAAUCUUUCUUUCCUUCUUUUUGUUAAUCCAUUCUUUCUUUCUUUCUUUCUUUCUUUCUUUCUUUCUUUCUUUCUUUCUUUCUUUCUUUUUUAAUCUCUUUUUUCUUUCUAUAAUACGCGUAGAUUUGUCUAUGGUAGAUGUUAAUCGGCUGUCAUCGUUUCAUAUUCUUCUUCUAUUUAAAUGUUUCUUCUUCUUCAUCAUUUUCUCCUUCUUCUUCUCCUUCUUCUUCUUCUUCUUCUUCUUCUUAAGCGUUUCUUCUUCUUUUCAAGCCUUUCUUCUUCUUCUUCUUCUUCUUUCCUUCCUUCCUUCCUUCCUCCACUAUUUCUUUCUCCUACACCCACCCUUUCUUCUCCUUCUUCUUCUCCUUCUUCUUCUUCUUCUUCUUAAGCGUUUCUUCUUCUUUUCAAGCCUUUCUUCUUCUUCUUCUUUCCUUCCUUCCUUCCUUCUUUCCUUCCUUCCUCCACUUCUUCUUUCUUCUUUAAAAAUUUUUCUUCUCCUUCUUCUUCUCCUUCUUCUUCUUCUUCUUCUUCUUCUUCUUUCCUUCCUUCCUUUCUUCCUUCCUCCACUAUUCAUUCUCCUACACCCACCCUUUCUUCUUCUUCUUAUUCUUCUUCUUCUUCUUCUUUCCUUCCUUCCUUCCUCCACUAUUUCUUUCUCCUACACCCACCCUUUCUUCUUCUUCUUCUUCUUCUUCUUCUUCUUCUUCUUUCAACAUAUCCCCAUCUUUUUUCUUUUAUGCCUUAACUCCUUAUACUUCUUCUAUCUUCACUCUCUCUCUCUCCAGCUUUCUCUUUUUCUUUCUUUCUUUUUUUCUUUAUUUAUUUACCUAUAUAUUUCUUUCUUCUCUUUCUUCUUUUCUUCAAGUGUCUUCAGUUUCUUCUUUCUCUUCCUCCUUUUAAACUAA